AUGAUCGCUGAUUACUUGCUGCUUUUCCGGGUCUACGGGCUGGAGAGCCUGAAGGACCUGUUUCCUAACCUCACGGUUAUCCGGGGCUCGCGCCUCUUCUUCAACUACGCGCUGGUCAUCUUCGAGAUGGUUCACCUGAAGGAGCUUGGCCUCUACAGCUUGAUGAACAUCACGCGGGGCUCCGUCCGCUUCGAGAAGAACAAUGAACUCUGCUACCUGGCCACCAUCGACUGGUCGCGCAUUCUGGAUUCUGUGGAAGAUAAUUACAUUGUGCUGAACAAGGAUGACAGUGAGGAGUGUGGGGACAUUUGUCCAGGCACUGCCAAGGGCAAGACCAACUGCCCUGCCACCGUCAUCAACGGGCAGUUUGUCGAGCGGUGCUGGACUCAGCCACUGCCAGAAAGGCGCGCCCCGCAAGGUCUGCAGCCUCGAGAGGCCCUCCCCCGGGCCCCCGGCGCGCACCGCCCGCGGCGCUCACCGCCCGCGCGCCAGUCCGGCGAGCGCAGCCCCGCGCGCCCGGGGGCGGGGCCCCGCCCCGGCAGCACGCCCGCCCAUUGGCUGAGCGCGAGGGCGGUGCUGCGGCCGCCGCCACCGCCCGGCCCGGAUUCCGCGGAGCGGAGCGCGCCCCGGGCUUUGUGCGGCGCGGAUGCCCCUGGCUCCGGGGUUUGCCCGACCAUCUGUAAGUCGCAUGGCUGCACUGCUGACGGCCUCUGCUGCCACAGCGAGUGCUUGGGCAACUGCUCUGAGCCCGACGACCCCACCAAGUGUGUGGCCUGCUGAAACUUCUACUUGGACGGCAGGUGCGUGGAGACCUGCCCGCCCCCGUACUAUCACUUCCAAGACUGGCGCUGCGUGAACUUCAGCUUCUGCCAGGACCUGCACAACACUUGCAAGAAUUCACGGAGGCAGGGCUGCCACCAGUACGUCAUUCACAACAACAAGUGCAUCCCCGAGUGUCCCUCUGGGUAUACGAUGAAUUCCAGCAACUUGAUGUGUACUCCAUGCCUGAGCCCCUGUCCCAAGGUCUGCCACCUCCUGGAAGGUGAGAAGACCAUUGACUCGGUGACAUCCGCCCAGGAGCUCCGAGGCUGCACGGUCAUCAACGGGAGCCUGAUCAUCAACAUUCGAGGGGGCAACAACCUGGCAGCUGAGCUAGAGGCCAACCUUGGACUCAUUGAAGAAAUUUCAGGAUAUCUGAAAAUCCGCCGGUCCUAUGCUCUUGUGUCACUUUCCUUCUUCCAGAAGUUACGUCUGAUUCGGGGAGAGACCUUGGAAAUUGGAAACUACUCUUUCUAUGCCUUGGACAACCAGAACCUAAGGCAGCUAUGGGACUGGAGCAAACACAACCUCACCAUCACUCAGGGGGAGCUCUUCUUCCACUAUAAUCCCAAACUCUGCUUGUCUGAAAUUCACAAGAUGGAGGAGGUUUCGGGAACCAAGGGGCGCCAGGAGAGGAACGACAUCGCCCUGAAGACCAACGGGGACCAGGCGUCCUGUGAAAAUGAAUUACUUACAUUUUCUCACAUUCGGACAUCUUCUGAUAAGAUCUUGCUGAAAUGGGAGCCGUAUUGGCCCCCUGACUUCCGAGACCUCUUGGGGUUCAUGCUCUUCUAUAAAGAGGCCCCUUAUCAGAACGUGACGGAGUUUGAUGGGCAGGACUCGUGUGGCUCCAACAGCUGGACGGUGGUGGACAUUGACCUGCCUCUGAGGCCCAACGACCCCAAGUCACAGAACCACCCCGGGUGGCUGAUGCAGGAUCUCAAGCCCUGGACCCAGUACGCCAUCUUUGUCAAGACCUUGGUCACCUUUUCUGAUGAACGCCGGACAUACGGGGCAAAGAGCGACAUCAUCUAUGUCCAGACAAAUGCCACGAACCCUUCUGUCCCCCUGGAUCCCAUCUCUGUUUCUAACUCCUCAUCCCAGAUUAUUCUGAAGUGGAAGCCUCCCUCUGAUCCCAAUGGCAACAUCACCCACUACCUGGUUUUCUGGGAGAGGCAGGAGGAAGACAGUGAGCUAUAUGAGUUGGAUUAUUGCCUCAAAGGUGAGUGCAGACAGAUGUGUGGGAGCCGCCGGUUUUACGAGCACAUCUGA